AUGUCAUACUAUAAUGAAACCUUAAUAAUAUUAUCUGGUCUAUGUGCCAUAUUAACAUAUUUAACUCUUAAUGAAAAGAAAUCAUUAACUACAAACUCUAAGAAUAAUAACGAUAAUAAAAAUAAUGAAAAUAUUAAAGCAUUUUAUAAUUUUCGUAGAAAUUAUUUGAUAGUGUAUUUCUUUGUGACGGCGGGAGAUUGGAUUCAGGGACCUUAUUUAUAUACUUCAUAUAAAAACCAUGGAUUCGAUUUAAAUCAAAUCGCUAUUCUUUUCGUUACUGGAUUUUUAGCGAGUGGUAUAUUUGGAAUAAUUAUAGGAUCAGCUGCUGAUAAAUAUGGAAGAAAGAAAUUUUGUUUGGUUUAUGCAUUACUUUAUUCUACUUCUUGUUUAAUAAUUGUAUUAUUUUCAAAUUUUUAUAUUUUGUUGUUUGGAAGAGUAUUGGGAGGAAUCAGUACAUCACUUUUAUUUUCAGUAUUUGAAGCAUGGAUGAUUAGUGAGCAUUUUUCAAGAGGUUUUGAUUCAAAUUUACUUUCUGAUACAUUUUCAUAUAUGACAUUUGGAAAUGGAUUUGUUGCAAUAAUUUGUGGACUUUUAGCAGGUGGAUUAGAAAAAAAUUAUGGAAUUCUAUCACCUUUCAUAAUGGCAAUUUGUUUUUUUAUUGUUGCUGCUUUAAUGAUUAUAAUCAAUUGGAAUGAAAAUUUUGGAAAAAUGGUUGAACAGAAUCAUUCUUCAAGAAGUUUAAUAUCAUCAUUAUAUUAUGCAAUUAUUAUUAUUAAAAAUGAUUCUUUUGUAUUAGUACUGGGAGUUGUUCAAUCUCUAUUUGAAGCAUCCAUGUACAUUUUUGUAUUUCUUUGGGGUCCAUUAUUAGAAAUUCAGCAUAAAUCAAAUUUUAACUUUUACUCUAAAGAAGAAUUAUUACCUUUUGGCUUGAUUUUUUCCAGUUUUAUGGUUGCAAUUAUGAUUGGAUCUUUAAUAUAUGAUUACAUAAGUGGACCUAAAAAUAUUUCAUUAUCUACUAUUUCCCAUUUCAAUUUUUUGAUAGCAUCAAUUUCAUUAUUAAUAUCUACAUUUAUUAAAGAUGAACUACUAUUAUUCUUUUUUUUUCUCAUUUUUGAAUUUACUUGUGGUAUUUAUUUUCCAUUAAUUGGAACUCUACGAGCAAAAGUUGUUCCUAAAAAUUUACAUGCUACUAUAGGAAAUUUAUUUAGAGUUCCUUUAAAUUUAAUAGUUGUAACUAUAUUG